AUGAAAGCAUUCAAUCUACUUAUACCCAUCCCCAGUUACGAUCAUAGCAAUUACAAAACCCAACUGGAUGGUUUAAGGUCAUCUGUUUAUUUGGGCAGAUCCGGAUUUUACUACGGAAAUCCUGCAGCUACUCUGCCUGGAGCGCAGGAUUCGGCUGGAGGUAACGCCAAUUUGGAUUAUAUGCAACACACCGACUCUUGGUUUUUCUUGUUCGACUCGAAACCUUCCUCCGAGGAGACUCCAGACUUCGACAGGAGGUAA